AUGUUCCUGCGAGAACCAGCGGCACAUCUGUUUCACGAUAACAAUCACAAUCUUGAAAAUUUUACUGUUAUUUGGCUCGACGCUGAUAUAGAUAAAACAGAUGAUUGCCACGACACAAAAAAGCGUUUAAGAACAAUUGCUAAUCAUUUAAGAACGUUUUGUGAUGUUGAUGAAUGUAUCAAUUAUAUCUCUUCAAUUAAAAUGAAGCAAGUAUUGCUAAUUCUGUCUGGUUCAUUCGGUAAAAUCAUUGCUCCUCGCAUCGUCGAACUAUCUCAAAUUACAUUUAUCUACAUAUUUUGUCUAAAUAAAAUUAAGCCCGAAACAUGGGCUAAUCACCAACUAAAUAAUCAAAAUAAAAUUCGUGGUGUUUUUACUCAUAAAGACUCUCUUCUUCUUCAGAUAGUUGAUGAUGCUACAGUUUUGUCAAACGACAUGAUGCCAAUGAAUGUGUUUAGUUUAUCACACCAUGAAAAAUCAAUUCGUGAUUUAGACAAAGAAAGCGCUGUAUUUAUGUAG